CAAAGGAUUUGUCCGACAGAGUCUUCUGAACAUUGGAAUGCUGAAAUUGGACCAACCAAGAGAAAGAAAGAAAUUGUGCAGUGUGAAUAUUGUUUAACUGUUUUAAAGCAUCCAUCGAAAAUUGAUGCACAUAUGAGAACUCAUACUGGUGAAAAACCUUUUCAGUGUCAUAUCUGCCACAGAAAAUUUACACAACGUACACCAUUACGAAUGCAUGUUCGUCGUCAUAACAAUGAAUUGCCAUUCGAAUGCUCUUGGGGUUGUGGUAAACGCUUUGUGUCGAAUGCUGUCAAAAAUGCGCAUGAGUUGACUAAUUGCAGGACAUUUCCAAGGCGCUCGAUCGAUAUUUAUAAAACAAAAAUCAUUUUUUUUCUCCCGUCUAAGUCUAUAUAUAUUUCUGGUCAUUAUAUACAUUUAAAAUCUCUUGACUCGAUCACUCCAGGCUUUAACUGGUCCUCCUCGCUUUCGAUGCCAUCUAUCAAAGAGUAUAGAAAAUAUAAAGAGGUAAAUAGAGAGGUAAAGAAGUACAGAGGUCAGUUCCUUGGAAUGCCAUUAUCUGAAAGAAAAAGCCGUGGUAAAGGUUCCGUAACGAUUGAAUGUCAUUUAUGUGGUCUUAUCCUCAAAUAUCCUUCUAAAAUUAAAGCCCAUAUGAGAACGCAUUCGGGAGAACGACCUUUUUUAUGUGAUCAUUGUGGAAUGCAAUGUUCAACGCGAAAUUCUUUAAGAGUACACAUACGGCGUGCACACACAGAUGAAAGGCCGUAUGAAUGUACGUGGGAAUGUGGAAAAAAUUUUGUUACCAUAGCUGCAAGGAAUGAGCAUGAGCGAAUCGUGCAUUCGGGAAUAAAAAGGUAUUAG